CUACCGGCUAGCUUUUUUCUCUUCGCUGCGAACGGCACGAGAGAGUCCUAAUUUGUUUUCCGGGUUAUUGGGAAGUUGUUGUGAUUGCUUCGCUACAUGGCCGUCCUAUUUGGAUGGAAAGCACAGAAAAAACUCUUCUUUUUGGCGUAAUCCUAUAUUGCAGGUUUCCUUUGAGAUGGACCCCCAUACGUUUCGCCUUUCCUGAGUCCCAGCAGAGGAAGCAAUUUUUGGGGCUCCAGGGAAUCUAAUGAAUGGCUGGUGUAGAAGAAGAUCUGCUUGGUCAACAUCCAUGAAGGAGUCAGAAGUCCAUCGCUUUGCGAAAGAGGAACCGGUUGGCAUCCCUGGGAAGGUCAAGAUGGACGUGGAUGCCCUGCUCAAAGACAGUGAGGAGUACAACAGGCAGAGGUUUCGUUCGGAUGCUCUUCCUUUGGGGGAACGUCCCUGGCAGACUCUGUUCCACCUGGGAGAGGCCCGCUCAGAGAUGGCUGAGACCACAGGACCGCACCAAAGGACAGGUGGUGGACGUGGUCAUCUUGGAGCAGUUUCUGCAUGUGCUUCCUUGAGAAUGCAGGCUUGGGUGAGAGCCAGGAAGCCAAGUACCAGCCAGGAGGCAGCUCAGCUGGCGAAGCUUACCUGGAGCAACAGUGCCCUGUGUCAUUUGAGGAAGUGGCCGUAUACUUCACCCCAGAGGAGUGGGACCUUCUGGAUGACGAACAAAGAAUCUUGUAUUACACGGUCAUGCAAGAGAAUUCUGAGAAUGUGACCUCCUUAGAGCUUUUGAUAUCGAAACCAGAUCCAAGUCUCCAGACUGAGUGGGAAGAAGGGUUACAAAUGGCUGAUCUCGAGAUAUUCAAAGGAAAAGACCCUAUUGUUGAAGGAGUUGUGAAUUGGGAGGACAUAAUGGUGGUUGAAUUGCCAACCCAUAUCCAUAUGAGACUUUCCAUAAUGGUAAAUGUGACGUGGCCUUCCACAUGAGAGGCGAUAGAACAAUUCAGAAGUCUGAGGAAAAGAGUAAUCUGAGGCAUUCUUCUUCAGAAAGCCGCCCACCUACCAGAAAAAUUUUUAUCAGGAAGAGUUUGGAGCAGAACGACUUCAGGAGCCAACGCAGUGGGA